UAUAAAUAUCGGAAGUGUUCUGCCAAAAAGGGAUAUUUUGUCUGAGUGGACUCUGUGAAGAGUUGGAUUUAGGCACAUGGAAAACACGGCCGCCGUCGAUUUCGUGGAGUUCUUGAAUGCGUCUCCAACUGCUUUCCACGCUGUCGAUGAAGCAAAGAAGCGCCUGAGCAGUGCAGGAUUUGAGCAAUUAUCGGAGAGGAAGGACUGGAAAUUAGAACCUGGCAAGAAAUAUUUCUUCACCAGGAAUCACUCUACAAUUGUUGCUUUUGCUGUUGGUAAAAAAUAUGUUGCUGGAAACGGAGUUUACAUAGUAGGUGCUCAUACCGACAGUCCUAGCCUUAAAUUAAAGCCCAUCUCAAAGGUAUCGAAAGGUGGAUACUUGGAAGUUGGUGUACAACUUUACGGAGGUGGCUUGUGGUACACUUGGUUCGACCGUGACCUCACUGUUGCUGGACGAGUAAUAGUUAAGAAGAAUCAUAUUGGCUCUGAAUCUUACUCACACCAUCUUGUCCACAUUGAGAAACCCAUCCUGCGUAUCCCAACUCUGGCGAUCCACUUGGAUAGGGAUGCGAACACUGCUUUUAAGUUUAACAAAGAAACUCAAUUUGUGCCUGUCUUAGCUACUUCAAUUAAGGCUGAGCUGAAUAAACUAGCUGUUGAGAAUGUACUUGCUGAAACCGGGCCGGGUGUUGGUAGCAAGCUUGAUACGAAAACUACUCAAAAGCACCAUUCGAUUCUUUUGCAGCUUCUUGCUGAUGAGAUUGGGUGUGAACCUGAUGAAAUUUCCGACUUAGAAUUGCAACUAUGCGAUACACAAAAAAGUGUCAUUGGUGGUGCCUUGAACGAAUUCAUUUACUCCGGAAGAUUGGACAACCUUUGCAUGACAUUCUGCUCUUUAAAGGCACUGAUAGAUUCAACUUCCUCUGAAACCAGUCUCCAUGAAGAGACAGGAAUCAGAAUGAUCGCCCUGUUUGAUCACGAAGAAGUUGGAUCUGCCUCAGCGCAAGGCGCAGGAUCUCCUGUUAUGCUUGAUGCAUUGUCCCGAAUCACUAGUUCCUUCACCUCCGACCCCAAGGUGCUGCCGAAAACUAUUCAGAAGAGCUUCCUAGUAUCAGCCGACAUGGCGCAUGCUUUGCACCCCAACUAUAUGGAAAAACACGAAGAUAAUCAUCGUCCAAAGCUGCACGGUGGUCUUGUCGUUAAAAACAACGCAGGCCAAAAAUACGCAACGAACGCCGUGACACAAUUCCUGUUCUCUGAGAUAGCAGCAAAGCACAAACUCCCUGUGCAGGAUUUUGUCGUGCGUAACGACUCGUCAUGUGGCUCGACCAUCGGGCCUAUCUUGGCGAGCGGUGUGGGCAUCCGCACGGUCGAUGUUGGCGCCCCGCAGCUGUCGAUGCAUAGCAUUCGGGAAGUGUGUGGAGUGGAUGAUGUGAACUACUCUUUCCAGCACUUCAAGGCCUUCUUCGAAGAGUUCGCUCAUCUCGAAGUGAAAUUGACGGUUGACGGCUGAUCACCGGAAUCUUUCCAUCGCAGGUACCCUAUUUUCAAAUUCCGGUCGGACACUCUUGAUGUUGCUAAUUUGCUUCCAAUAACAGUUUCUCCAUGAAAAUUGUGGACUAAGUCAGAUCAAUAUCGACUUUCUCAGUGGUCUUUUAGGUCACAAAUAAUUAGGCUGGGAGCUUGGAGGAUGUCGUUUAAUAAUGGUGUUUUUGCCUCGUUUCACGUUUUCAGUUCUUAAGUACUUAUGUUUUCUCAUAUCUUAGGCCUGUUUACUACUGUUACCUGUUACUUAUUUUUGGGUUUUCGUGGACAUCAAAAAUUUUCCCGAAAAUGUCCUUUACCAUGAAGUUUUUAUAGCUCCGUUGUUUUGAUAGUAAUAUCACCAAAAUUACAUACAUUGUAUACACAUAAAACAAAAAAUCAAAAAAGAAAUAAUAAUAAUUCAAAGCUAAACAUCAUUUUAAAUUACACAUUAUAUAUUUAUAUUAAUAUCUAAAUAAUUUAUAUAUAGAAUUCAGUACAUAAAAUAUAAAUGUAAAAUUAUGGCACAUAAGUUGACACUGCAUUAAUCGUAGUCAUGUAUUAUCUGUCCAUCAUCAAGGCUACUGAGCCCUAUAACUAGUAGAAUAGAAGAACACAUAGAAUCAAGGGUGUGUUUCUUUAGUUUAGUUUGAAAAGAAAUUGAUUUGAAUUUGAUAUGAAAAUAAUGUUUGAUAGAAUAUUUUGUGAGAAAAAAAAAUAAGAGUUCGUAAGCAAUUCAUGCAGUGCCGAGAGUAGAACGAAAUAAUAACAAUAAUAAUAGGGAAAAAGCACAUUUGGAAAGGUAAUAGAUAUAAAGGUUUUCGACAAUAGGUAAUCAAAAUGGGGGCCACAAAACCAUAACUCUAAAUCCAGCAGGCCUCCAUUGCUACUCUGACCAAAAUAUUUGAUAGAUCCAUCUUGCAAUCUAUCUAUAUAUUUACUCACCAUUUUCGCUCUUCGAUUUCUUCUUCUUCUUCUUCCCUUCACUGGCAGGUGGAGGAGGAGCUUCUGAGUUCUCGUCUUUAGUCUUUUUCUUUUUCUUCUUCUUGGCAGUCCCGUCUUCGGCGUCUGCCAUUUCCGCAUCUUCCUUCGCUUGCUCUGGUUCUGGUUCGUCUUCCUCCUCUGCUUUCCGCUUCUCUUUCUUUUUCUUCUUCUUUUCAGUUUUAGGCUCACCAUUAGCAUCUCCAUUCACAGCAGUAGUUGGAUCAUUCUCUGCCAAAGGUUUGAGAUGGAACACAGACACUUUCAGAGUAUUGUAAUGAUAAUUGUUUAUCUAAAUGACACGAGCAAAUGGGCAGCAGCUAAAAUGCGGAAAAACAUGUCAUAUCAUAGAUAAAUUAUGUAAUGAUAACAGUAAUCUGAAUAUGUGAAAGUGAUUUGACCUUUGGUGACGGCUGUAUCGAGAGCAGAUUUCAUCACAUCAAUGUUUUUCCGGGGAGCAACCCCUUUAUCAUAGAAAUCUAGCCGCUCUUCAACUUGUUCACGGAGCUUCUCUCCAAAGGCGGUAGUACUUUUCUCU